CACGCACGUUUCCGACCGUCCUUGAAUGCAGCAGAGGCCGGAGCAAAUUACGCACAGAGCUGCAAUGAAGUAGACUCAUAGCAGAUGUCCGUGCUACUCAGAACUCACAAAGCUUUGAGAGGUUUGUAAGCCUGAACUGAAACCUGAACUGGACUUGGACUUGAGUGGAUCUAUCAUGACUGCAAGGAUCCAGGGAGCACCAGCGCCAAAGGGACGAGCAACAGACAUGAUGGUGAGGGUCAGGAGAGCUCUGUGGCUGGUACUGGGCAUGCUCAGUCUGUCCCUGCUGCUGGUGGUGCUGGGAGUCUACACAACCACCCGGACAGAGAGCCUGAAUGUGACUGGCUACAUCUCUGGAGUUAUUCUGACCCUUGGAUCAUUCCUGGGACUUCUGGGACUGCAUCUGGAAGAAAACCGCAAAAAGCUGCUGACGGCUGCGAUUGUAUUCCUCAGCUUCGGGAUCAUCACCUCUUUUGUGUGUUUGGUGAUUGAUGGCAUCUGUAUUGUCUUAAACAUGGACAUGCGUCCAAUGAAAGCAGAGAGAUGCCAGUAUUACAGCAGCGGCAGCAGCUACAUCUAUGAGAAUUUCUACACCUCUGUGUCGUGUUGGAGUCCAAAGGAGUCUUGUAAUAUUACAGUACGAAGUGGGACCUGCUACUGCUGCGACCUGUACGACUGCGCCAAUGGAGACUACCUCAGCAACUACUACGAGUAUGUUGGAGUACAAAGCUGUGAGGAAGUUUUCACUCUGUACAUUUUAAUUUGGAACCUCACUGGCCUGAACCUCGUGGCCUUCUUCACAGGCAUCCUUACUACAGCCGUGCUGGGCAGCAUCAAGGACCUGAGGAGUAGCAGCCCUGUGACUGAGCCCUCUGAGAGCACAGCAUCUUCCCCGACAGCUCCUCUGCUGAUGGAUGUCGCCAACACACACGCAGUUCACCAGCUCCACCCAGUCAGGAGCCUCCAUGUAUUUCCCUCCAGCAGAAGGGACGGCUGCCUCACAGAGUUCUCAUCCUUCAUCGACUCCUCACACUGAGUCGAACCCUCCUCCCUUCGCCCCGCUGACCAGCCUGCUGCCUUACAGGGCCCACAGCAUCUCUGCAUGAGCACAGCAGCAGCAGCAUUUCACCAGAAAAUGACCAGAAAACAAAAGCAGUAAGAACAGAAAGGGAUAAACGGAUCAGUUUUAAUUUUUUUGUUGAUGUUGUGAGGAUGUGAGGAACUAUAACAGGCACAACUAAAAGAAAGAUAUGUUGCUCUGAAUAUUAUGCAGAAAGGCAGAUUUUGUUUUAUAGAAAUCCAAAGGCAGAUGUUUCAGUUGUAUGCAAAGAUUAUAACAUAUUUGAUUGUAUUUUGCUCCAAAACAU